CGCCACGCUCUGCCCUAUAUCUGGCCAUCGCGCGAAUCGCCGGUUCGCGAACGAGUUGCGUGCGCGCGUCCCCUCUCUGACUCUCUCUCUCUCGUUUCCGUGACCCGUGAACUUGCUUCCGCGCGCCAAUGAUGGCUGGAGCUCGGCUGUCCCUCGCGCUCCUCUGCCUGGUGGCCGCCGCGCUCACCGGCGGCGCCGGUGCGACGAGGAAGAUGGUCGGCGUCUACGUGCUCAGGAAGGGGGAUUUCUCCGUCAAGAUCACCAACUGGGGAGCCACCAUCAUGUCGGUCGUCCUCCCCGAUUCCAAAGGGAAUCUGGCUGAUGUUGUGCUUGGCAAAGACACCAUUGCUGAAUAUGUCAACGACACUUCUUACUUCGGGCCGGUGAACGGACGCGUCGCGCAGAGGAUAGCCAGGGGCCGGUUCGUCCUCGACGGCAAGGUGUACCACACGUACAUCAACGACGGCAAGAACGCGAUUCAUGGUGGUCAUAGAGGGUUCAGCAAAGUCAUAUGGACGGUGAAGGAGUACGUCGGCGGCGGCGACUCGCCGUACAUCACCUUGUACUACCACAGCUUCGACGGAGAGCAAGGAUUCCCCGGAGACCUGGACGCGUACGUGACGUACCAGCUGUCGAGCCCGUACGUGCUGGCGGUGCGCAUGAACGCGACGGCGCUGAACAAGGCGACGCCGGUGAACUUCCUGCAGCACACGUACUGGAACCUUGGCGGGCAGGGCAGCGGCGACGUGCUGGGCCACACGCUGCAGCUGUCGGCGUCGCGGUACACCCCGCUGGACGAGGAGCUCCUCCCGUCGUCGGGCGUCGUCGCGCCCGUCGCCGGCACGCCCUACGACUUCCGGGCGCCGACGCCCAUCGGCGCCCGCAUCCGGCAGGUGAUGGGCGGGCGCAUCGCCGGGUACGACAUCAACUACGUGAUCGACGGCGACGCGCACGGCAUGCGGAAGGUGGCCGCCGCGCGGGACGGCGCGUCCGGCCGCGCGCUGGAGCUGUGGGCGAACCAGCCGGCCAUGCAGCUCUACACCGGCAACUGGCUCAACAACACCAAGGGCAAGGACGGCAAGGUGUACGGGCAGUACGGCGGGUUCUGCCUCGAGACGCAGGGCUACGUGGACGCCGUGAACCACCCGGAGUUCCCCUCGAUGACGGUCAGGCCCGGCCAGGUGUACAAGCACGACAUGGUCUUCAAGUUCUCCUUCUAAGUAGCUACGAUCUAGCUGUGCAAUAAUUACUAGCGUGCUGAAAUUAAAGAAUGGACUCUCAUUAUACACAUGGAUGAUUGUUUUAAGGGUUUUCAAGAAUGCGGUCGAACGAAGAUUUUUUUAUAUAUUUUGGGGAGGCAAAGCUAUGACGUAUUAUUGUU